UUUUAAGGUGUAGCGCAGCGAAAAGCUCGGGCCGCGCGCACAUUGCUGGAGCUCGUUCAGCUGCAGCGUCGCCAGUGGCAGUCCUUUCGGUGAAGAGUUCAGCCGUCGCGCUCGUCGUCGUCGUCGUUGUCGCCGUUCGCCUGCGUCCGCCAUUUAUUGCCGUCGCCUCUUUGUCGGUCGGUCGAGGCUCCAGCGAAAAUGACAAAAUUGUUUCAGCUGCACGUGGCCGCACGAAUAGUGUGAGGAGCAAACGCAAAGAGCAAAGCACAGAGCAAAGAGUGCAGUGAAAUAAAUAAAAAAUAAACAGCAAAAAAAAAAAGAAAGAAAGCAAGAAAGGAAUAAGCGAAAAAAUAAAACAACAUUUGUCCGUCCAGCAUACAAUUUUUUUUUUGUUUUGAAACUAAAAGCAACUGUCAACAAAUGAACUAAAUACCCAAAGCUAAGCAGCAGCAACAACAACAGCAACAAGAAGAAGAACAUCAGCUGCAGCAGAAGAGUGAGAAAAGGCCGUUACUCAAAAUUGGGCAUAGGCAGGCCGUGCACACACACACAUACAUAUAGACGCCCGCACGUACACAUGUGCGCAGCCUUUUGCCGCAGUCAUAAAAUAAUCAAGCAAAGGCAAGAACUGAACGAAGGGAGGAGAGGAGAGGAGAGGAGAGGAGUAGCUACUGCUGCUGCUAAAGCAAAGCAGCGACGCGACUGCAGCAACGUCGAAGGCUGCUGACGAAACAUCUCCGCUGGGACACAUAAAGCAAUUAGCAAAGGUUGACAGCACACACACACACACGCACACAUACUGCCAAGGCAAGUCAGGAUUUGUGGAGUGUCCAAUGCCUGCUAACAUGCGUGCUCUGUCGCAUCCCUGGAUUAUAUUUAGACUAAUUGCGCGUCGGGCAACAACAGCGUCUACAACAACAAUAGCAACAACAACGCACAAGAACAAUUGCAGGCGAAAUGCUGCUGCUGCUCCAGCUGCACAGCAGCGGCUGCUGUGAUGAGAGCUGAAGGAGGAAAUGGGAGAGGCAGCGACAGCGACAGCAAAAGCAACAGAAAGCAAAAGCAAAACGAAACGAAACGUACUCGACUCGCCCUGUGAUAUAACUGCACCGUAGUUGUAAACGUUAAAUAGUAGCUUAUAGUUAUCGUUAUCGUUAUCGAUUAAUAGCUUAAGCCGCAACGUAAGCUAAACAGAAACGGGAACUUCGCAACACUUGAUUAACGCUGCUCUCGUGCACCCAACAUAAUACAUAUAUAUAAAUAUAUAUAUACAUAUUUAAGCGUAAAUAUAGUUAUACAAUUAGUAAUAACUAACUCACACUCUCUGCCUGCCCCACACACACACACACACUCACUUAAAUUUGAAAUACUUUGCUGCGCCGCCAGACCUUGCGCCAUUUUGUAUAGCGAACCGGAAACGGAACUGCUAGAGCCGGAAAUCGAGAAAUCGGUACGACAAAAGCCACAGCAUGGGAGAUGAAGAGAAACGGACCGGCAAAGAGAAGCUACUCUUCUAUACGACCGCAUUUUUCAUACUCCUCGGCACGUUUAGCCUGUUUGCGUUUUUGUUUCUGGUGCCGUUCGUGAUCGAACCGGCGUUCACCACGAUCUUCAUGCAGUUCGAGGAGGUGCCGGCCUUGUGCGAAACGUACGACACGGAGAUCUACUUCGGCGCUAAGAACUGCUCGUGGUCGUCGUGCCGUGAGGGCUGCACCAAGGACAUCUAUACGUGCACACAGAUACGCGUUAAUUAUCGCCUCAAUUUGUACAAUUUCACGGACGAGUUCAACUUUACGGAGUACCACAUCAAUUUGCGCGAAGCGGAGCGCGUUGUGCCGCCCGUUAAGCGUACGGAUCGCUACGAGCGUGCACUGCGGGAUUACGAGUACGAUAAUCUGGGCGCCGGCGAUACCAAUACCAUAGACAUGGACUUGGAUAUGGGCGCCGGCGCCGGCUCAAUGGCCACGGGUCACUUCGAGCAGCUAAAUUUCGGUGAUGCCGACGGCUCCAACGGAUUUCUGAUCGAGGAUUCGGACGAUGGCGCGGGCACACUGAUAACCGGCGAGCGUCGGCCCUUCGAUGAGAUCUCCGAGCUGAACGAGGGCCUCAUGGGCAACAAUUCCAUAUAUUACUAUGUGGGCGCACGGCUGUUUCCCAACGUCAAGGGCUGCGGCUAUCCGCCGAUGCUGAACUGCACCAUUUGGCUGAAGCGCUACACGAAGAUUGGCAUCAAGUUCCCGUGCUACUACUCCAAGGUGGAUCCCAGUUUGGUCAUCAGCGAUCUGGACUAUUGGCAGAACACGCUAAAUCUCGUCUACUCCAUGGCCAUACCCAUACCCUCGUUCAUCAUUUCGGUCAUCUAUCUGACGUACGCCUACUUCAAGAUCUACAACGAGGACGAGGAGACGGCGCCGCUCGACAAGAACGCCGAGGACAUGGACAUCGAUGACAUCGAUGCCGUCGAUGACAGCGACGGCGCCGUCUUGGCGGACAAUGCCGCCGGCAGCCAGAUCGUCAACAUGGACUCGACGACGAACGACAGCUGCCUGGAGGGUGUCCUGCCCAACGGCGGUCCCGGCAUGACCAGGUGCAUAUCGCAAGGUGGCUCCAUCACCGCAUCUGGCCACUACAUCGCCGCCCAGUCGCCGGCGGGCGGCUCACAGAUGACGCCCAAUUCGGAGAUCAAUUCGUUUGGCCAUCAGCUGAAAGUCCAAAUGGCCGACGAAUUGUCCAGAGAUUCACUCGAGAAUGGCGUACUGUCCACGUCGAAUUCGGUGCAAGGAAACUUGAGCAAGACGAUGACGACGAGUAUCUCAACUCCACCUGGGCCGACGGCGGCAGUCUGAAACGUCAGGCGCAUGGUCUGGAGAAUGUUAGAUUCCGAUUCGGAAAAUGAGCCGCUGCUCGAAUCCUAAGAGAUUCCGGCACGACGAAGCGGAGCAGGCAAACUCAAACAGAAACCAAAGUAUUUCUACCCCCAAAAAAACAAUCGAUAAGAACGCAUCCAAAUGCGAAACGAACCUGAAUACCUUCAGAGCUGUUAGAGACACACUUAAAACUAUGAUAGAUUAUACUAUAUAUUUAGCUUAACACACACUGAACUGCAGUCACAUCAUAUUACGAUAGUUCGCAGAUAAGCUUAACUCAUUCAAUUUCAAAAUUACAGUAUCCACAAAAAAAUACGAAUAUGAAUCUGAAACUCGCACACGAAAGGACGCGGAUCGGGAGAGUGUUACUUUAAUUGGUACAAAUACAAUAACAACAAAAGAGAAAAUUAAAAGGAUGAGAGAAAAAGAAAACAUUAAGUACUAUAUACCUAAAGCAAAAAAAUACAUAUACAAAUAUUUACUUGAA